ACCGAUAUCAGCACCACGUCCUGUUUAAUCCAGUUAUAAUUUAUUUUUAAGACACUCGCAACCACUCACUCUUCUCUCCGUUGUUUAUCAAGUUGGUCGAGUCAUUGCGGCCGUUGGCGAGGUAAGGUACGUUGCCGUGGCAAUGACAUGCGAACGUGUGUACCACCUGUGGCAGGGAGGGGUGGCCAUCUUGGACGCUGCGUGAGGUGCGCGACGCAGGGGAAGGACCCGAUUGUCAGCGGAAACAUCCGAAGCUGCUCGUCGGACUUGUCCAAAUCAAAAUGGCGCGGAGGUUCGAGCUGGUCGUUGUGGUGCGGAUCGGUUAAUUUGCAUUCAGAUUUUUUUUUCUCCCUUUCCCUCCCUUCCCCCUCCCUCAGCGCCUUCUCAAAACAACGAACGGUCGCACAACAAACAAUUGAACUUAACGAGAAACCGUAGGGCAGAUAAAUGGUUAAAUUAGUGAAAGAUGUGCGAAAACUGUGCAGAGCUGCUUGACGUGUUAAAUGCAAUAUCUGAAACAGAAAAUAAUGAAGGGUUGCAGCUCAAAAAGGAACAUGCGCUCAAGAUAUUUAAUUACAUCAACUCUUGGACGCAAAGGCAAUGUCUUUGUUGCUUCAAGGAGUACAAGCACCUGGAAAUCUUCAACCAGGUGGUUUAUGCCCUUAUCAAUAUGGUGACUGCCCAAGUCCAGACUCUCCAGGACCAGUUAUGUAAAAUUUGCACUAGUAAUGAUUCAUCGUGGCAGGAUCUGAAUCAGAAAAUCCAUGAACAGGCUAAUCAGGAAGGCGAGUGUAAUAAUGAUGAAGAAGAUAUUGGUCGGAAAUCAAAGGAUUUUGUGGAGAAAAAAGCAGAUAAUAGAACAUGUGGGAGAACUGAGGAGGUUUCUGCACGGAGCACUGAUCCAUUUAGCACAUGGAGUACAGAGGAGAAAGAAAAGUUGCUGUUAUGUGUGGCAAAGAUAUUUCAAAUUCAGUUCCCUUUAUAUACUGCCUACAAGCAUAACACUCAUGCCACUAUAGAGGACAUUUCAGCUCAUGAAAGCAACUUAUUAGGGGCGUUUUGUGAUAUGAAUGAUGUGGAAGUACCUUUGCACUUGCUUCGUUAUGUCUGCCUCUUUUGUGGGAAAAAUGGGCUAUCACUUAUGAAAGAUUGUUUUGAAUAUGGAAUGCCUGAAACUCUUCCGUUUCCAAUAGCACAUGCUUUUAUUACAAUAGUAUCCAAUAUCAGGAUAUGGUUACACAUCCCUGCUGUUAUGCAGCAUGUUAUCCCCUUUAGAACUUAUGUUAUAAGGUAUCUAUGUAAACUUUCAGACCAGGAAUUGCGACAAAGUGCUGCACGCAACAUGGCAGAUUUGAUGUGGAGUACAGUUAAGGAGCCCUUGGAUACAGCACUAUGUUUUGAUAAAGAAAGUUUGGAUCUUGCAUUCAAGUAUUUCAUGUCACCAACUCUAACUAUGAGGUUGGCUGGACUGAGUCAGAUUACAAAUCAACUUCACACAUUCAACGAUGUUUGUAAUAAUGAAUCUUUGGUGUCAGAUACUGAAACGUCAAUUGCAAAGGAACUAGCUGACUGGCUAAUUCAUAACAGUGUUGUUGAACAUAUCUUUGGACCAAAUUUGCACAUUGAGAUCAUCAAACAAUGCCAAGUCAUCUUGAACUUUCUAGCUGCAGAAGGGAGACUUAGCACACAGCAUAUAGAUUGUAUUUGGGCAGCAGCACAGUUGAAGCACUGUAGUCGAUACAUCCAUGAUUUGUUCCCUUCCCUUAUUAAGCACCUGGACCCUGUUCCACUCCGUCACCUUCUUAAUCUAGUGUCCGCUCUUCACCCCAGUGUGCACACCGAACAGACCUUGUACUUGGCAUCAAUGCUUAUUAAAGCUCUCUGGAAUAAUGCACUUGCUGCUAAAGCUCAACUGUCCAAGCAGAGUUCCUUUGCUUCUCUUCUUAAUACAAACCUCCCAAUGGGAAAUAAGAAAGGAUCGCCUGCAGCUAGUCCACAAAGCAGUGAUAACAGUGAUGCACAUCAUAGUGGAGGCAGUGACAUUGAAAUGGAUGAACAAAUGAUCAACAGGGCAAAGCGUGCACAACAGCGAUUGUCAGAUACAGAGGAGUCUAUGCAAGGAAGUUCUGAUGAGACUGCUAAUAGUGGUGAAGAUGCCAGUAGUGGGCCUGGCAGUAGCAGUGGACACAGUGAAGGCUCCAGUAAUGAAGUAAAUUCAAGUCAUGCCAGCCAGUCGGCUGGAAGUCCAGGAAGUGAAGUCCACUCAGAAGACAUGGCAGAUAGUGAAGCUCUCAAAGAAGAGGAAGAUGAUGAUGAAGAAGAGGGUGAACAAAGUAUGCAGAAUGAGAGCAGGAAUCCUGAAUUGCGAACUUUGAGUGCAGAGUCCCAGCCAGGAAUUUGUAUGCCAGAAUCACCCAGUGGAAUAGAACGUGACAGGCAUAACAGUGGAUCAGGCAGGGAUAUUUCGUACAGCACUAAUGCAGUAUCAUCAGGGGAAAAUCGAAUUCGACUGCUGGAUACUUGCACGCAUCCUGAAGACUCUGAACAUGAUAUGUCAGGGGAAAUAAAUACUGCACACAUAUCACAAGGUCCUCAGGACUCAUGUAUCACACAAACAGGAGAUUUUUUAGGAGAGGCAAUUGGAAACGAAAUAUUUAACUGCAGACGUUUUAUUGGUCAGCAGCAUCAACAUCACCAUCACCACCACCAUCACCACCACCACCACCACCACCAUCAUGAUAGGCACUUGGGUGAUGAUAUGAUGAGUGCAGAUGAUGUCAGCUGUAGUAGUUCUCAGGUCAGUGCAAAGUCUGAAAAGAACAUGGCUGACUUUGAUGGGGAAGAGUCAGGUUGCGAGGAAGAACUGGUACAGAUUAAUUCACAUGCAGAACUUACAUCUCAUCUUCAACAACAUCUCCCCAAUCUUGCGUCUAUCUACCAUGAACAUCUUAGUCAAGCUCCUAGUGUUCAUAAGCAUCAAUACAACUCAAAUGCAGUCACAGACAUCAAUUUAGAUAAUGUUUGCAAAAAGGGUAAUACUCUUCUUUGGGACCUGGUGCAAGAUGAAGACGCGGUUCAUCUCUCAGAGGGGUUGAUAAAUGAAGCUGAGAAACUGCUGUGCUCCCUUGUAUGCUGGUUUACUGAUCGGCAGAUUAGAAUGAGAUUUAUUGAAGGUUGUUUAGAAAAUCUGGCAAAUGAUAGAUCUGUGGUAGUUUCACUCCGUCUUUUGCCAAAACUAUUUGGCACUUUUCAACAAUUUGGAAGCAGUUAUGAUACGCAUUGGAUAACUAUGUGGGCAGAAAAGGAACUAAGCAUGAUGAAACUUUUCUUUGACAAUCUAAUACACUACAUUCAAGCAGUUAGAGAAGGAGUCCAUAAACAUUUGUUGUACAGCCAUGGCGCAGAAGUGCAGGUUCGUCUGCAGUUUCUGACAUGUGUUUUUUCAACUCUCGGAUCUCCAGACCAUUUUAGGUUAAGUCUUGAUCAGGUGGAUAUUUUGUGGCAUUGCCUUGUGGAGGACCCUGAAUGUUAUGAUGAUGCAUUGCACUGGUUCCUUAACCAAGUGCGCAGUAAAGACCAGCAUGCAAUGGGAAUGGAAACAUAUAAGCAUCUUUUUUUAGAAAAGAUGCCGCAGUUAAAACCAGAAACUAUCAGCAUGACUGGUUUAAAUCUAUUCCAGCAUUUAUGCAAUUUGGCCCGGCUUGCAACCAGUGCUUAUGAUGGUGGCUCCAGUUCUGAGCUUUGCGGAAUGGAUCAACUUUGGGGCAUUGCUCUAAGGGCCCAAACAGCUGAUGUUAGUCGAGCAGCUAUCCAGUACAUCAAUUCAUAUUAUAUUAAUGGUAAAACUGGCUUGGAGAAGGAGCAAGAAUUUAUCAGUAAAUGUAUGGAGAGCCUGAUGAUGGCAUCAGAAAAUCUUGACAAAGAACCUCAAUCCAGCCUUACUAUAAUUGAAAGGGGACUCUUGAUGCUGAAAACUCACUUGGAAGCAUUUAGAAGAAGAUUUGCAUACCAUUUGCGGCAAUGGCAGAUUGAGGGUACAGGUAUCAGCAGCCACCUAAAAGCCCUUAGUGAUAAACAGUCUUUACCGUUACGAAUUGUUUGUCAACCAGCUGGGUUGCCUGAUAAGAUGACCAUUGAAAUGUAUCCCAGUGACCAAGUUGCAGACUUACGGGCUGAAGUUACCCACUGGUAUGAGAAUUUACAGAAAGAACAAAUGAGUCAGCAAGCUCAACUCCAAGAAUUUGGCCAAAGCAGUCGACAAGGAGAUUUUCCUGGAGGUCUUAUGGGACCUGUUCGAAUGAUUUCCUCAGGUCAUGAACUUACCACCGAUUAUGAUGAGAAAACACUCCAUGAACUUGGAUUUAAAGAUAUGCAGAUGGUAUUUGUAUCACUGGGAGCCCCACGUAGAGAACGCAAGGGAGAUGGUAUUCAGUUGCCUGCAUCUUGUCUACCUCCUCCCCAAAAGGAAAAUAUUCCAAUGCUUUUGCUCCUUCAAGAACCGCAUCUUACUACUUUGUUUGAUUUGCUUGAAAUGCUGGCAUCAUUCAAACCACCUUCUGUAGAUCAAGUCAUGGAAGAUAGUGAGACUGCACAUUGCGAAGAAUUGCACCUUCAUGCUGAAAAUCUGUCCAGACGUGUUUGGGAAUUGCUAAUGCUUCUUCCUACAUGUCCAAACAUGCUACAGGCCUUUCAAAGCAUCUCAGAUGAACAGGGCAAUGAUGGACUUUGUUGGAAAGAUUUACUUCGACUAAAAAGUCCUCAUAAACUCCUAUAUGCCCUAGAAAUUAUUGAGGCUUUGGGAAAACCUAACAGGAGAAUAAGAAGAGCAUCAACGGGUAGCUACAGUGAUCUAUAUCCUGACUCAGAUGACUCAAGUGAAGAUCAGAUAGAAAACAGUAAAAAUUCUUGGAGUUGCAAGUUUGUUGCUGCUGGCGGACUUCAGCAACUGUUGGAAAUUUUUCUGUCAGGGAUUCUGGAGCCCAAAGAGCAAGAAUCCUGGACUGUGUGGCAGCUGGACUGCCUUGCUUGUCUGCUGAAGCUAAUGUGCCAGUUUGCAGUUGAUCCAGUUGACUUGGAUCUGGCUUAUCACGAUAUCUAUGCCUGGUCUGGUAUAUCUGACAGCCAUAGGAAAAGGACUUGGCCUGGUAAAUCAAGAAAAGGAGCUGGAGAUCAUGGGAAAGGAUUGCAUAUACCUCGUUUGACUGAGGUGUUUCUUGGUUUGGUGCAUGGAUCAAGUUUGAUUUAUCGAUUAAUGUCUGUUGCUUACACCUAUAGCAACUUGGCUCAUAGAGUGCUUAAAGCUCAGUCAGAUCACCGGUCCAGGCAUGAGGUUACUCAUUAUGCUAUGUGGCUAUUAGUGAGUUGGGCUCACUGUUGUUCACUGGUCAAAUCCAGCCUUGCAGACAGUGAACAUCUACAUGAAUGGUUGAAAAAAUUAACUCUUCUUGUACCAGAGACUUCAGUUCGACAUGAAGCUUGCAACGGAUUAUAUAAGUUGUGCCUGUCUGGUUUGGAUGGUGGAGAAUCGAUAAAUCGGUCUUUCCUUUUACUAGCUGCAUCAACGUUACUUAAGUUUCUUCCUGAUGCCCAAGCUUUGAAGCCAGUCAGAGAGUUGGAUUAUGAAGAGGAGCCACUGUUGCGAGCAGGUUGCAAGGAAUAUUUCUGGUUACUUUGUAAACUGAUUGAUAACAUUCAUGUAAAAGAUGCUAGUCAGACAACACUGCUAGAUUUGGAUGCCUUGGCAAGACAUCUUGCUGACUGCAUUCGCAGCAGGGAAAUCCUUGAUCAGCAGGAUAGUAACAUUGAAGAUGAUGGACUUACAGGACUUCUGCGACUUUGCACGGUGGUCAUAAAGCACAAGCCUCCAUUUAAAUUCUCUCGAGAAGGGCAGGAAUUCCUAAGAGAUGUGUUCAAUCUCCUGUUCUUACUUCCAAGCUUGAAGGACAGACAACAACCAAAGUGUAAAUCCCAUUCCUCCAGAGCAGCAGCCUACGAUUUGUUAGUGGAAAUGGUGAAGGGCUCAGCAGAAAACUACAGACUGCUACACAACUGGGUGAUGGCACAACACAUGCAGUCAUCUCAUGCACCAUACAAGUGGGAUUACUGGCCUCAUGAUGAUGUGCGGGCUGAGUGUAGGUUUGUAGGUUUGACAAAUCUUGGAGCGACCUGUUACUUAGCUUCCACAAUCCAGCAGCUGUAUAUGAUACCGGAGGCCAGACAGGCCAUCUUUACGGCUAAAUAUUCAGACGACAUAAAGCAUAAAACAACACUACUGGAACUGCAAAAGAUGUUCACGUAUCUCAUGGAAAGUGAGCGCAAAGCAUAUAAUCCACGACCUUUCUGCAAAACCUAUACUAUGGACAAACAACCAUUGAACACAGGAGAACAGAAAGAUAUGACUGAAUUUUUCACUGACCUGAUUACAAAAAUUGAAGAAAUGUCCCCUGAACUGAAAGACACGGUGAAAAGCUUAUUUGGAGGGGUUAUAACAAAUAACGUGGUGUCAUUGGAUUGCGAACAUGUCAGCCAGACAGCUGAGGAGUUCUACACAGUUAGAUGCCAAGUGGCUGAUAUGAAAAACAUUUAUGAGUCGCUUGAUGAAGUUACAAUCAAAGAUACUCUGGAAGGUGAUAAUAUGUACACUUGUUCCCAAUGUGGAAAGAAAGUACGGGCUGAGAAAAGGGCUUGUUUCAAGAAAUUACCUCGAAUCUUGAGUUUCAAUACCAUGCGUUACACUUUCAAUAUGGUUACAAUGAUGAAAGAAAAAGUCAACACCCACUUCUCUUUUCCUCUGAGACUUGACAUGACUCCUUACACUGAAGAUUAUCUUAUGGGAAAAACUGACCGUGUAGAUGGUUUUAAAGAGAAUGGUGAAGUUAAACAAAGUGAAAGCUUUGAGUAUGAUUUGAUUGGAGUGACUGUGCACACAGGGACAGCAGAUGGAGGGCAUUAUUAUAGUUUUAUCAGAGAUAUUGUGAAUCUUCAUGCUUAUAAAAACAAUAAAUGGUAUCUAUUUAAUGAUGCUGAGGUAAAACCAUUUGAUUCUACUCAACUUGCCUCUGAAUGCUUUGGUGGAGAAAUGACAACCAAAACAUAUGAUUCUGUCACAGACAAGUUCAUGGAUUUUUCCUUUGAAAAGACACACAGUGCAUACAUGCUGUUUUACAAGCGUGUAGACACAGAGGAAGAAAAUGGGAAGGAGUACAGCUUUGAUGUUUCACCAGAACUUUUGGAGUGGAUCUGGCAUGACAACAUGCAGUUUCUUCAGGACAAGAAUAUUUUUGAGCAUACCUACUUUGGCUUUAUGUGGCAGUUAUGCAGUAGCAUCCCUAGCACAUUACCAGAUCCAAAAGCAGUAUCACUUAUGACUGCUAAGCUAAGCACCUCUUUUGUCCUGGAAACUUUCAUUCAUUCCAAAGAAAAGCCCACCAUGUUGCAAUGGAUUGAGCUUUUGACGAAACAAUUUAAUAACAGCCAGGCAGCCUGUGAGUGGUUUUUGGACCGAAUGGCAGAUGAUGAUUGGUGGCCAAUGCAAAUCCUCAUUAAAUGUCCAAAUCAGAUUGUUAGACAGAUGUUCCAGCGUUUGUGCAUUCAUGUGAUUCAACGACUCAGGCCUGUGCACGCACACCUCUACCUGCAACCUGGAAUGGAAGAUGGCUCUGAUGACAUGGAUGGUCCAGUUGAAGAUAUUGGAAGCCGUUCAUGUGUAACUAGAUUUGUGAAGACGCUGUUGUCUAUUAUGGAACAUGGAGUCAAACCUCACAGCAAACAUCUCACUGAAUAUUUUGCAUUCUUGUUUGAGUUUGCAAAAAUGGGAGAGGAAGAGAGCCAGUUUCUUUUGUCAUUGCAAGCUAUAUCGACAAUGGUACAUUUUUACAUGGGAACAAAGGGACCAGAGAAUCAGUUUCCCCAGCCACAAGUUGAGGUAUUGUCUGAAGAAGAGGGUGAGGAAGAAGAGGAGGAGGAAGAUAUUUUAUCUUUAACAGAAGAGAAAUACCGUCCUGCAGCAUUGGAGAAGAUGAUAGCCUUGAUUGCACUUCUAGUAGAACAGUCUCGGUCUGAAAGGCACCUUACGUUGUCACAGAAUGACAUGGCUGCCUUGACAGGAGGCAAGGUAUCGUCAAUAGACAUAGAACUGGGUUUCCCAUUUUUGUUUCAACAUAUCCGAGACGGUAUUAACAUCAGACAGACAUGCAAUUUGAUCUUCAGCCUCUGCCGUUAUAACAAUCGCCUUUCAGAACACAUUGUGUCCAUGCUAUUCACAUCAAUAGCAAAGCUGACUCCUGAGGCCGCACAGCCUUUCUUUAAACUGCUUUCUAUGUUGAUGGAGUUUGCUGGCGGACCACCUGGAAUGCCUCCAUUUGCAUCUUGCAUUCUUCAAAGAAUUUGGGAGGUUAUUGAAUAUAAUCCUUCUCAGUGCUUAGAUUGGCUGGCAAUGCAAACACCUCGCAAUAAGCUAGCUCAUAGCUGGGUACUCCAAAACAUGGAGAACUGGGUGGAGCGUUUUUUGUUGGCACACAACUACCCUCGAGUCAGAACAUCUGCAGCUUACCUUUUGGUUUCUCUCAUUCCAAGCAAUUCUUUCCGUCAGAUGUUCCGAUCAACACGUUCUUUGCAUAAUCCUACUCGUGAUUUACCUCUUAGUCCAGACACUACUGUUGUCCUCCAUCAGGUGUACAAUAUUCUUCUGGGUCUACUUUCAAGAGCCAAAUUAUAUGUUGAUGCUGCUGUCCAUGGCACCACAAAAUUAGUUCCUUAUUUUAGCUUCAUGACGUACUGUUUGGUCUCGAAGACUGAGAAGCUGAUGUUCUCUAGUUACUUCAUGGACCUCUGGAAUCUCUUCCAGCCUAAGCUGUCUGAACCUGCUAUUGCAACAAACCACAAUAAACAGGCACUGCUCAUCUUCUGGUACAAUGUAUGUGUGGAUUGCCCAGAAAAUGUGCGAUUCAUUGUACAGAAUCCUAUAGUGACAAAAAACAUUGCUUUUAAUUACAUCUUGGCUGAUCACGACGACCAAGAUGUUGUUCUCUUUAACCGAGGGAUGCUACCAGCAUAUUAUGGAAUUUUACGCCUGUGUUGUGAACAAUCCUCUGCUUUCACACGGCAGUUAGCUUCUCAUCAGAAUAUUCAAUGGGCUUUCAAAAAUCUAACACCUCAUGCAAGCCAGUACCCAGCGGCUGUUGAAGAACUAUUUAACCUUAUGCAGCUGUUUGUAGCUCAGAGACAAGAUAUGAGAGAAGAGGAAUUGGAGGAUGUUAAACAAUUCAAGAAAACUACCAUUAGCUGCUAUUUGCGUUGUCUGGAUGGACGCUCAUGUUGGACUACACUUAUUAGUGCCUUCAGAAUUCUUCUAGAAACUGAUGAAGACAGGCUGCUAGUUGUUUUCAAUCGGGGUCUAAUUCUGAUGACAGAGUCUUUUAAUACUUUGCACAUGAUGUACCAUGAGGCUACAGCUUGCCAUGUGACUGGGGACUUGGUGGAGCUUCUCUCUAUUUUCUUAUCUGUUCUGAAAUCUACACGUCCAUAUUUGCAGCGGAAAGAUGUUAAGCAAGCCUUGAUCCAGUGGCAGGAAAGAAUCGAAUUUGCUCACAAGCUUCUCACAUUAUUGAAUUCCUAUAGUCCGCCAGAACUUCGAAAUGCCUGUAUAGAUGUUUUAAAAGAACUUGUCCUCCUAAGUCCUCAUGAUUUCCUUCAUACUUUGGUGCCAUUCCUUCAGCACAAUCAUUGCACCUGUCACCAUAGUAGUAUACCAAUGUCUUUAGGACCUUAUUUCCCCUGUCGUGAGAAUAUAAAGUUAAUGGGUGGGAAAAACAAUAUACGUCCUCCUCGUCCAGAACUCAAUAUGUGCCUCUUGCCUACAAUGGUGGAAACGAGUAAGGGAAAAGAUGAUGUUUAUGACCGUGUACUACUGGAUUAUUUCCUUUCUUACCAUCAAUUCAUCCACCUCUUGUGUCGUGUAGCAGUGAACUGUGAAAAAUUUACAGAAACCUUAGUAAAAUUAAGUGUCUUGAUAGCAUAUGAAGGCUUGCCUCUUCAUUUAGCAUUAUUUCCUAAACUUUGGACAGAAAUUUACCAGUCUCAGUCACCCAUGGCGAAGAAUUGUGUAAAGCUACUCUGUGAUGAACCGGUAUUUGCUGAAUAUAUCAAAUGCAUUUUAAUGGAUGAGAGGAUAUGUCUGAAUAACAAUGCAGUUUAUACCUUUCUUGCUUGCUUUCUUCCCAAGGUUCAGAAUCAGGUAUUUUCCAGUUCAAACUGUUCUAGUUUGAUCAAUAAUUUAAUCACAAAUCUAAUAAAUGAGUACCAUAAUCUUGAGCCAGAACUUCUGGGGCAACGUGUUGAAAUCUCUAAAGUUGGUGCUAUUCUAAAUGGGGAUCUCCGAGCUCUUGCCUUGCUACUUUCCAUACACACCCCCAAAUUGCUGGAUUCAGCUCUAAUUCAGACGCUACAGGGCUUGUUGAACAAGUGCAGAACUUGUCAACAACAGAGAAGUGCACUACAGGAACAGGAAGCAAAGGAAAGAAAGACUAAAGAUGAUGAAGGAGCCACUCCUGUGAAAAGGAGGCGUGUUAGUAGUGACGAAGAACAUCCUCUGGACAACAGCACUGGGCAUAGCACUCCAAGUGACACUAGGACAGAACCUAGAGAGGCAUUGACGCCAGCUAGUACCUCAGAUACUGAGACUAGAGACUCAGCAGUCAUUGAUCCAGGCACUGAACAUGACCCGCCAACCCCUGAUCCAAUUUCUGUAAAAGAAGAUAAAAUGGAAUUUUCUUCGGGUGCACGUGAGACAUUAAUCAGCAAUAGGCCCCAGGACUGUUUAGAACAGUUGCAAGGGGAGGAUUCUGUGGAGGAUUGCAAAGUGGUGAAGGAACUACUAAAUUCUGAAAAGGAAACUAAUGUGAAUGAAGAUGAUUCUGACUCUCCCUCGACACCACCACCUGUUACUACAAUUUUAUCAGAUCUGACUGACCUUAGAAACUGUGAGGCUCAAAAUCUGCCUUUUGACCCAGAGACCACUUUAUCCAGCAGUUGUACCCAUUCCAGAGGACUCUUUAAUAUGCAGCAACAGGAUCUUUUAGAUAAUUUGUGCAGGACCAUUGAAUCUACAAUUAGUGCAGUCACAAGAAUAUUGAGCAGAGGGAAUCAACCCACUUCUUGAUGAGACUACUAGCAUGACUAGUUCUGUCUUUUUUAAAUACGGUUUGAGUUUUGUUUAAUUUUGUUCUGCCUGUUGGAUCUGAUGCUUUGUGCUUCACUGUCAAGUGACAUUUUUCUGCUUGAAUGCCUGUUAGUUGUUUGUAUGAAGAAGCAUCUCAGCCAUGAGAGAAAUCGUGUGUUCGGGUUAUGCGCUUGAAGAUGUGAUAAGUGAAAACCUAAACACAAAUUUAUAGAUAACUUAAAACAAAGGCAUUUACAGCACAUUUCUCAAGGGCAAUCAUAUUAAUGGUCAGCUUUUACAUAGAAGUAAUUUGUGGCUUUUCAUCCAGAUUUGAGGUGUAUCUUCGGGUGAAGGGUUACAGAAAUUUUUGUUCUUCAUAUUGUAUGAUGUAAUUUAAAGAUAUUGCAUUUUUACUGUGUAUAAUAUUGUGUCUUUUGUUGCCAGUUUUUGUACUCUAUUAAGGAGGCAACUUUGCCUCAAAUCUCCGUGGUUCUAUUAUCCAAAUUAAGUUGUUUACUUGUAUACUAAACCAACCACGAUUAAUUUGAUUCUGUUAAGAAUCCUCUGUAGACAUCGACUGGUAUAAAUAAGGUGCUUUAUCUGACAGGUUUCCCAUGGUGGAAAUAAAGCACACAAAAUAAAAAUUAGAACUUUA